AUGAUCACCGACCGACAACUCUUCCGAAUUACCCGUGUCUCGUUUCACGAUGAUCACCAACAGCUCGCUAUUCUGAAGUUCGUGGUUCUUCCCAAACUCGGCGUUGUAUCCAAAUCGUGCCUUUGGUUUGACGAGUACUUGAUUUAUGAUCCUAAGAAAUCACCUUACUAUAAAGUUGUGGUGGUUAGUUUAUCUUUUCAAUUGGGUACUUCCCGAUUUGAUGUGUACUCUUCCGAGAGUGGCUCUUGGAAAAGCACGAUUGCCACCCCGACGAUCCCCAUGCUUGGACAGGGGGCCGUUUGGAAUGGAGCAAUCUUUCUGAUGGGUUGCGGGCCAGGUCCGCAGAGUUGCUUGAAGCAUGAUCACUUUUACUUUCAAUUCGACAUAGAUGCAGAGAGGCUAAGUACGACAGGAGCACCAUGCCCCCCUUAUCGUUCUAAGGGGAUUCUGUAUUUUGGAGAAUGUGGGGGUCACUUGCUUCUUAUACAAAUCCCUUAUGGGGGCAACGCUACAGAAUUCAAGGUGCUUGAGAUGAUGGACGGAGAGAAUAAAUUCCGGUGGACUGUCAAAUACACAGUUGAUCUAAAACCCUUAGCAUUGCCACGAAGAAGCACCUAUUGGUUUACGGUGACAAGUGUUAGGAAUGUGCAGGGAGCAAAUGAAAAUGAUCUGGCAGUGGUGUUAUGCAUUAAUGAAGGCUUAGUCGUACAAUAUAACAUCAAGUGUAAGACAUUGAAGGUGCUUUGUGAUUUGGCGGGAGGUGACUCUCCAACUCGCAUAGCCGAUUCUCAUUACUUCAUCGAAAGUCUAACGCCUGUUUAA